AUGACUGACUCACAGAGCACAGAAAGGCUUCUUCUGCAGACUCUUUGGGAUUGGUUGAGAUGUCAGCACUUCCACAGAUCUCCAUUUUUUCCUGUCUUUUUCUCUCUGACAGUCCACCUGAGCUGCUGCGUGCCAUACAUUUGCCUGGAUUUGCUCUGUUUAAGACUUUCUUUCAUACGCCGUUUCAAGAUCCAGCCUGGAAGCAAGGUGACCUGGAAAAUGACUAAAAGGUGCUUAUGCAAAAUUUUUUACAACCACUUCUGUUUUAUUUUCCCGCUCUCUGUCUUAUACUGGUACUGGAGACCUGUGCCGCAGCCUCUGCUUGCACCUGAUGUUCUGUCUGUUCUCAAGGAUGUUCUAGCUUUCCUCCUCCUUUUUGACACGCAGUACUUUUUAUGGCAUCUGCUGCACCACAAAGUGUCCUGGUUGUACCAGAUCUUCCACAAGGAACACCACCUCUUCACCUCCACCUUCUCCCUGACCACUGAAAAUACAGGCGCCUGGGAAAUGCUGAGUCUCAGCUUCUUCACAACCUUGAACGUUGCUCUCCUGGGCUGUCACCCACUCACAGAGAUGGUGCUGUAUGUCACUCACAUGUAUCUGUCUGUGGAGGCUCACUCAGGAUAUGAGUUUCCCUGGUCACCUCACAGGCUGGUGCCCUUCGGCCUCUACGGAGGAGCUCGGCAUCACGACCUCCAUCACCUCAAAUUCAAAGUGAACUACGCACCAUAUUUCACCCACUGGGACAAACUUUUUGGCACACUACACAGAGGAAAGACACAAAGAAAAACAGAGACUUAA